AUGUGCAGGAGAUACUUGGGACACAAAGUGACCAUCCGUCCAAACGCCAAGAAACUCCACAAAAUCUUCACAAACAGACACAACAUGACAUGGGAUGAAUUCUCAACCAAGGUCCAGAGAUACCAAACAGGGUUCAUGGGGGAGCCAGAUGAAAUGAAAGCAGGAGAGGGAGAGUUCCAUGAGAACCCGACCUCCUGCAUUUGUCGAAAGAAGAAGGCCAAUGAACAAUCUGUAAAAGAGGACGAGCAUGACUCAUGGCCAUGGGAGUACUCAGACAUUGGCAACGUCCCCAUGGCCACUAGAAGCGGUUUGGAUCAUCAAUCAGAAGUUGACCAUGAGAUUUUCUGA